AACCACUUGCACAUGGCGACUGGGCUGGUGUUAGGAGAUCCGUGAUCUGGGAAUCAGUGCGAUCACAACGGUCUUACGAUAUGACCCGGAGUACGAUCCUUUUUUUCUUAUUUGCUGAUAUUGCUUUUUUGUUUUGUGUUUUGCCCCUCUCCUCAUUUCAUUACCUCCGUGGUUUUUUCCUGCCACUGCUUCUCGAUGAUAUCCCCUCCGUUCUGGACCGAGGGUCCAUUUCCAGUUUCCUGUUUUUUUUUUUUUUCUUCUUUUCUUUUCUUGCGUGCCCGCCACGUCCCGGAGGGCAUGGAUUUAAGCGCCGGGCCGAGUUCUUGCAUAUCCCCUGCACCCUCACCCUCAUCUUCCAUUCCUGUAAUUUCCGGGUCUUGGGAUGGGGGGACAAUCUGGUACAAAAGCUGGAGUUGCUUCCUUUUUUUUAUUUAUUUUCUUUUCCUUUCUUUUCUUUUCUAUUUUAUUUUAGUUGCAUAGACAAAAUACAAAUACGGGUUGCAUGGGGUGCGAGCCAUUACUCUUAUUUUUCUUAUUUUUCUUAUUAUUUAUUUCCGACCGACCGACCGACCGACUGGCCCUAAUUAAUGAUACGAUGACGAUGAGUUGUCAUUCACGUACCUAGUACCUUACCUUACUUCCGUGCCCCUCCUCCUCCUUCUUCCCCUCAUGAAGGAGUAGGGUAAUAGCCUCCUGUCAGAUUAAACCAGAUAGUUUGUUCGAUAAGCGAUGAAAUGGAGGGGAGGGGAGAGGUAUUUACCCCUCCUCCUCCUUCUCCUCCUCCUUCUCCGAAUCCGAAUCCGAAUCUUUCCUAGAUCCAUCUUCCAUCCUAUCCUAUCCUAUCCUAU